AUGAGUUCUGUCUCAAGGGAAAAUAUAAGACCAAAGCCAUGGGAGACUAAAGGAAUUGACGUUCAAGAACUUACAAAACUUGGGAAUAAUCGUGAAGAUUCUGCUAAUAUUCUUAUUGGAAGUGAGAAUGGGGUAGCCAGCGGGGAUGGUAUAUCUUCUGAAGGUGCUGGAGUUAGUGAUGGCCGUAAUCCAGAUCAUGGUAAUAGUUUAGGGAACUAUAAUACAAAUGGUGGAAUGUUUGAUUCAGGUAAUCAAUUAUAUCGAAAUAUGAAUGGUUUGCAAUAUGGUAAUAGUGGGUUAUAUAGAAAUAAUUACUAUGAUUCUGCAUUUAGUCCUACGUAUGGAAACAGGUAUGGGGGUGGAUUUUAUGGGAAUAGUUAUGGAAGUAGUUACGGAUCAAUGUAUGGCUCACCGUAUGGGGGGUUGAACCAAAAUAACACCGGUGUUGCUGAAUCUACCCAAGCUACUUUCCAAUUGAUUGAAAGUAUAAUAGGGGCAUUUACUGGGUUUGCUCAGAUGUUAGAAUCGACAUAUAUGGCUACGCAUAAUUCAUUUUUCACAAUGGUUUCUGUAGCAGAGCAAUUUAAUUAUUUGAAAGAAGCUAUAGGUUCAUUCUUUGGUAUAUUUGCAUUAAUGAAAGUGUUAAGAAAAAUUCUACAUUUUCUAUCCAAUGGCAAGAUAAAAUCAAUAGAACCUAGCAAAGAACAUGAUCCAAAGGGAAAAUCUGAAGAAGAUAAAAAGGAUAUUGAAAAUGGUAACAUUAACCAUAUAAAGAGGGAAACCGAGGUGUCAAAAACCAAAAAAUCAAAAUACCAUAUAAUCCUAUCAUUCUUAUCAUUAGUGUUUGGAUUACCAAUUAUAUUAUCAAAAAUUGAUACUAUAUUACGUCUAAAGAACGGUCAAAGAAAGCAGGUGUUGAAUGGCGAAACAGAUAGUAACGGGACAGUUCCCAUCGAAUUCGCAAGAGCAUGUUACGAUUUCACACCAGAGAAUAAUAAAUUCGAAGUACCUUUAAACAAAGAUGAUAUCGUAGCUGUAUUACGUAAACAAGAUGCAUUAGGAAGAAACUCGAACUGGUGGAAAGUCCAAACUAAAGAUGGUAAAACCGGUUAUGUCCCUUAUAAUUACAUCGAAGUCAUUAGACAGAAAUUGUUACAAUCUAACUGA